GGGUUACGAGGUCCACUUGUUUCGUUUCUUCCUCUUUCACUCCACGCUCCCGGCGGCGGCGGCGGCGGCGGCGGCGUUGCGAGCCUCUUCCGGGCCUGCUGUCCACCCGCGCUCCAGCCUCGCUCGCCGGCGCGCCCAGGUUCCCAGGCAGCCGGCGGCCCACGCCCGCCUGCGCUCAGCACCGCGUUUGCAGCUCUCAGGCCCAACCUAGCGCCCGCCUGAGAACCUCCCGGUUUCCGCGGCGCGGCACCGGGAGCGGGGCGUCGCAGCGGUCCGAGGGGGAGCGAGCGAGGCCAAGGGUGGUUUGGGUUAGUGGUGGCGCCGCGAAGAUGGUCGCCAAACAGCGGAUCCGUAUGGCUAACGAGAAGCACAGCAAGAAUAUCACCCAGCGCGGCAACGUAGCCAAGACCUCGAGAAAUGCUCCCGAAGAGAAGGCGUCUGUAGGACCUUGGUUAUUGGCUCUCUUCAUUUUUGUUGUUUGUGGUUCUGCAAUUUUCCAGAUUAUUCAAAGUAUCAGGAUGGGCAUGUGAAGAGACUGACCUUAAGAUGUUUCCAUUCUCCUGUGAAUUUUAACUUGAACUCAUUCCCGAUGUUUGAUACCCUGGGUAAAAACAAUUCAGUAAAUCAUCCUGCCUCAGAAUGAUUUUUCAUAUCAUCAUUCAUGUGUCAUUCCAAGGUUUUUUCACAAGUCAUUCCAAAUUUUCUAGUUCAUACCACAGUGCCUUGCAAAAGCACCACAUGAAUAAAGCAAUAAAAUUUGAUUGUUAAGCUACCAUAGUGGACCCUACUUAUUCAGUCAUUAAAGAGUAAGUUUUUUAAUGUGGUUAUUAAAACAGUAUACAGUAUAGGUAAUUAGAUUAAGUCUGUGUGGACAGGGUCUAGAUUUUGUUAACUAAUGAGUACAUGCAGUUAGCUUAAUUUAAAAUUUGGAAUCUUAUGGUUUUUAUAUAGCUAGGCACUUAUUACAAUAUCUUGAAUUGAAAGCACACUCCCAUAUAGGGUCAUGGACCUGUACUGUAAUAAGGUGCUUAUAAAUGGAACAACUAUACAGUUAGCCUAGUUUUCCCACAAUCUAUAGCACCUAGGAAAUUCUAAAAGCUUCUAAACGCCUAAUGUAAAAGGAGAUGCUUACAGCCAUGUUUACUUUAAUAUUAUUUCUGGUACACUACCCUGGAUUUUGCAUGAGUGAAUAUACUAACCUGAGAUGCCAUAAGAAAACAACUUGGUUGAGCAUUUUGUAAUUUAGUCACUUCAGUUUUACUAAAACCUAUCAUGGUGGAGUACAGUCAGGAAAGGUUUGUUUAUCUCACCAGUGAUUUCAUCAGAAUUACUUUAGUGUAUCAAAGAGGUCUACUAUGGUAGACAGAGUCUAAGAGGAAAAAUAUGACUAAAAAUGGAUGCCUCAUCAGGACAUACUAUUGAGCCCAAUGUGCCAUAAGACAUCUUAGCAUAUUAUUAGCACUUUUAACAUCAAAAAGGCACAACAACUAAAAAGUUACACCUAGUUUGGAAAUGUUUUUUCUAGAUUUAUGAUUAAAAUUGUUGGGGUUCUAGUUACAUCAGACUAAUGUAUCAUCUGGAAUUAAAUGGAUUUACUGAUAAGGGAUCAGUCCUUAGUUUUCCGUUUGUUGUAUAAUUUUAUAGGUUAUGAUCAGACUUCCAUUGUAAUGGUAAGGGGGAAUAAGAAGGCAGAUUUGGGGUUUUCUGGUACUGUUGAAAACUGAAAGUAUUGGCUAUUUAAAUACUUAGCCAUAACUUGAUGAAAAAAACCUGAGAGAUGUCUGUUAAUCGGAAAGAAAGCUGCUUCUUUGCUUUGUUUAAUUGCCUCAGGAUAUUUCUUUUAAAAUAAGCUGUUUUAAGAGGAACAGAAGGGAAAUCUGCUACUUUGUCUAUACUCAGUGUGAACUUCAGAGAGAGCUUCUGAUGCCCCAAGGUAUGGGAGAGAGUGUGGGAGGGGAGUGGUAAGGCUUGUCAGGAAUUUGACUACUCUAGAAUAGGAAAAGAAUCAGCUGACCUGGGGCCAGCAGGUUUUAUCUUCAUUGUUACCUGCCUUUCUCACCCAGAAAGUCAACUCCUAUACUUGUUUCCCUCUUUGAAACAAGUAUCUUGGUUAAUUCUAUUUUAUUGUAACUUUUAAAAUGAAAGUUAUUGUUCUGAGUUCAUAGCAGGUGCCUUAUUCUUUGCUUUGAGUCAAACCAUUCCAUAUCAGAAUUUCCCUUGGUGUAUCAUAGGUAAUUGACUUUAAGAUGGUGGUGAUGUCUUUUAAUAUACAAUGUCUAUUAAUUUGUUAAAUUGCUAUAGCUAGCAACCAUUUUACAUAUGUAAAGUUGCAUUCCCUUUGUAUUUCAUGUGUAAUUUUCCAGUUGAGUGCAUUUUAUAUUAAGGAUGGAUUAUGCAUGUUUGGGUCAAUGAAAGCUAUGUCUUAUUUGAUCUUUAAAAAUAAAAGUUCCCUGGAUAUUUUAUGCCUUCUAAAAGAAAA